AAAACCAAUCUUCGGGUGGAGUCCCUGCCUGAAAAGCUAUAAGGAACGCCCAACACAAUAGCGCUUUUUGUUCCCCCCCCUCCGAUUCUCUUUUGUAUCCUGCUUUAGGGUGCUUCCCAACUACUACCGUGCUACUGUAUCCAUAUCACCAUAGACAUGCCAGCCGUCCGUCUUUCACACCGUCGACGCUCAUCCUUGGCCAUUACGGCUCUCCACCCUAUCAAAGCAGGCAUCUACGGAAUCAACACGACACCUUCGCCACGAUCAGUUACAUUUGCGCCUAAUGUCACACCAGUCACGUUUACCGAGACCGACGAGUCCUUGUCAUCAUCGACGCCAGAACCUUCGUCGCCCACCACACAGCUCUUCCCUCCUUCAGAGCUACCCCCAACGACGACCAGGAGACGUGUACCUGCUGGUAAGCGCCGGUCGCUAGGUUACAUCCCACGUCCCCCGAACGCGUUUAUGUUGUUCCGUGCCGACUUCGUCCGUCAGAAGCACGUUCCAGGGUCCAUCGAGACUAACCAUGGUUCACUAUCCAAGAUCAUUGGCAAUUGCUGGAGAGCGCUUCCUCUUGAGGAAAAGCGUGUUUGGGAGAUCAAGGCUAAGCACGCCAAAGCUGAGCACAAGGCACGGUACCCUGAGUACCGUUUCCGCCCAGUCCACAACAAGAAUAAGGAGAAGAAAAAAGAGAAGGUCACUCCUACAGCUGAAGAUGAACGCCGUUGUGAAGAGGUUGCUCAACUUCUUCUUGACGGAAUGAAGGGCGACCAGCUCGCUGCUGCUAUCCGCAAGCUCGACGAAAACAAGGUACAUACCCCCGCGCCUGCCUAUCUCCUAAGGCGACCCUCGUCUGUGCCCCUUCCGGAUUCGCGGUUCGGUGCUGCAGGCAUCACCAUCCCAACGCUACCGUUCUUCGCAGGCUCGCGCCCUGGGUCUCCUGUCGGAAAAAUAUCUCACUCUGCUCGCUACAUCUUGGGUCAGCGCAGAGCUUCAAGUGCUCAGCCAACUAUCCCCCGUCACUGGGGCAUCGCUCCACCUGCCUCUUGGCAGCGCGAUGAGUCUCCUCUUCCAGAGGUAGAUACGAGCUUGUUCGAGCCAUCGUUCUUCAACUCGAACUUUUCUAGCCAACCCACGCAGCCAGAUUCUGCAUUCAGCUUCAAUGAGAUGAUCUCCACCUUCCCUCCUCAUCCUUCUCAGGACUUUGGCAUUGCUCCCUUGGACCCACUUCACGAUCUGUCAAUAGAUAUCAAUGCCAUGAACUUCGACCCGAAUGACCCCUCAGCUUGGAUGCCGACUGAGUACAACAACUCCCAGUCUUCAUCCCCGUACACUUGCUCCCCUGCACGCUCCGACAUGUCUCUACCCGUUGUCGCACCCCAGCCGCAGCAUGCAGCCGCCCCAUUCGAUCACUGGCCAGACAUGUCGCAGCAAUACAAUGUUACUGCCAAGGGGUUGGACUCCUUGCAGGGGUCCGGUGAGCAGCAGAUCAUAGAGCCGCAAUUCUCCGGCUACUCAACUGGUAUUGAGGGCUUGUUCCCGCAGUUCGGCGUUAUUGAUACCCACGGACCCUCCAUCAUGGGUUUCGACUAUAACUCAUACUGAUCGUCUCAGCUCAGCGCACAUCUUCAUCCCCGUCUCCGCUCACACGAUCUAUCACUAUUUGUAUAGCUAUUUCUUUUAUUGGCUCUGGAGUUUCUGUCUCUCUUUUUCUCCCUGUUUUUAUAACCUUGCUUGCACGGUAUCGUUGACUUGUAGCUUUAUCACUUGCUGUGUCAGAUUGGAUUGCGCAUCUAUCCUUGUAGCCAUAUCGUUUCUAUCGUCUUGUAUGCUUGUGAACGAGCAAUAUUAUUAUACCCGCCUCAACCUC